AUGGCAUUCCAGUACGUCCUCCUCUCCAUCUGCGCUGUGCUCGGCGCCGCCAAUGCUGGCUACCUGGCUCCCACCAGCUAUGUGGCCGCUGCUCCCGUGCUGACCAAGGUGGCGCAGCCACAUUUCGAUGCCGUCGGCACCACCCAGCAUAAUGUGGUGCGCUCGUUCGGCGGCACCGUCGCCACCCAGUCCAAGAGCGUCGUGACACCCUACUCCAGCUUCAGCAAGGUGGACUCGCGCACCACCAACAACGUCUACACGCCCAAGACUCUCUACAGUGCACCUGCUGCCGUGGUCACCAAGUCAAUCUAUGCUGCUGCUCCUGCUCCAGCUGUCACCUACUCUGCUCCUGCUCCCGUGCUGGCCAAGACUGUCUCCUAUGCCGCUCCAGCUGUCACCUACUCUGCCCCAGCUCCAGUUCUGGCCAAGACUGUCUCGUAUGCCGCUCCAGCUCCCGUUCUGGCCAAGACCUAUGCCGCUCCAGUUGCCUCAUAUGCCGCACCCCUUGCUGCCCCCGCUGCCUAUGUGAAGUACUCGCCCGCCAUUGGCGUCGCUCACGUCAGCUUCGACGGCUUCGGCUCCCACUGGGGCUACUAG